GUCAUAUUUGUCAAAUCGGGAAUCUUUACGAAUUUACAGAAUUUUAUUUGUAUUUUUUUUCUUGGAAACAUCUUAGUCUCAGUUUGUUUUAAAAGUUUGUAGGUUAUUUAUAAAACCAUAAUAAAAAUGACCGAACAACAAAUGGAUUGCGCCUUGGACCUAAUGCGGAGACUGCCACCCCAACAAAUAGAGAAAAAUCUUACAGAUUUGAUAGACCUUGUUCCUAGUUUGUGUGAAGAUUUGCUGUCGUCAGUUGACCAGCCUCUAAAAAUUGCUCAGGAUCGAAGCAACGGCAAAGAUUAUCUCCUCUGCGACUACAAUCGCGAUGGCGACUCUUACAGGUCUCCGUGGUCAAACACAUACGACCCUCCCUUAGAUGAUGGUUCAAUGCCAUCAGAGAAAUUGAGAAAACUUGAAAUUGAGGCCAACUAUGCCUUUGAUCAAUACAGGGAAAUGUAUUUCGAAGGCGGAGUGAGUUCUGUAUAUUUAUGGGACAUGGAUCAUGGCUUUGCAGGUGUAAUUUUGAUCAAGAAAGCAGGUGAUGGAUCUCAGAAGAUCAAAGGAUGUUGGGACUCAAUUCAUGUUGUGGAAGUAGUAGAAAAGAGCUCUGGACGGAAUGCCCAUUACAAGUUGACCUCAACGGCGAUGCUAUGGUUACAGACUAACAAGGAAGGAAGUGGUACUAUGAAUUUAGGAGGAAGUCUUACACGUCAGGCAGAGCAAGAUUCCUCCGUCAGCGAUGUGACUCCUCACAUCAUCAACAUUGGCCGCAUGGUUGAAGACAUGGAGAACAAAAUUAGGAAUACCCUCAACGAUAUUUACUUUGGUAAGACGAAAGACAUAGUGAACGGUCUCCGGUCAGUGGUGCCGGCCGACGUGGCGCGCCGCACGGCCGCGCUGCAGCACGAUCUAGCGCUCGCGCUGCAACGCAGGCACGUGGCGCGCGCAGACUGAGCGCACUAGACUACACUGGGGCAAUCAUGAGGUGGAAUCAAUGGGUAUUCACGAAGAUCAAAAUAUGAUAAGCGAAAAUCUAGUAAACGAACAUUAAAAUAGCUUACUUGCGACGCAGUAAGUCUAUUCCGAAUGUUUGUAGUUAUAUUAUAAGAAAUUCUAAAAUUAAUUUUAGAAAUUGUAAAUUCUAACAAAGAUUUUUAAAUUAUUUAUUCAGUCGUAGGUGUCGCGCACGAUGGUGCUUUCUAAGUAACUCCGUAAAUUCAUACAAUAUACGUAAUUUAUAAAAGAGUGUAUUAUAUUUCGCGUAAUACUAAAUAAAAAAGGAAGAUAUGCUCAUACUGGCUC